AUGUCAACCUACAACUCAAUGUCGGGGCUGCCAACUGGCGCCUCUUCCAGCCAAGCGAUGGCGAUGAACUUUGGAUCUGCCCACUCUCAGAGCAUGAAUAUAGACGUGUUCGACCAGGAUAUGACAUUUGACGAAUCACUUCUUGAUGGGGCUGCACUGCAGACCCUACCUUUCGGCACCUCGUACGACUUGGAUGCCUUUUCCUCGACCUUUGAAGAUCCCUUCUCAUACUCGACUCGACAACAAUUCGAUCCUCCGCCGAACCAAGAUGCCUUGCACGAAGAAUCAUCUCCCCAGGAGCCCGAUAAUAAGCUUCUCGGGUUCUCCGCUCCCGUUUCCAACGCUACCAUUGUUAACGAGAACAACCAAUUUGUUGACGCCGGCAUGACGGCUGAAUUGUAUGGCAUGUUCUUCGUUGCCGAGGAUGUCUUUGGAGGAGAAUCAACCGGACGCCCGAUGGAAUUGACUUGUUAUCGCCGCAACCUCUGGCAGUGUUCGGGGCAGAUCACUCUUCCUCGCGGAAUCAGGAAUAUUGUGAGUGAACAAGGGCAACAUAUUCCAAUAUUCGAGCUAGUAGCGACUAUUGCAGCCAUCGAAUCCAUCGAAGGAAAGGCUACAGAAAUAAUAUCGAUCCCCUGGAAGAACGCCAACCCCCAGGGAGGUGAUGACUCAAAAGGCGUCUCAGCGCCGCCCACUAUCACACUAGAUAUAACGACAGGCCAGGAGAUCGACGCACAUCGUGUUUCUCUGCCUAUAUCUUGGAAACGGCUUCAGUUCAAGCAUGCUACUGCCAACAACGGCAGAAGAAAGGGCUUGCAACAGCACUACGUGGUCCAGAUCACCCUGUUGGGAAAGACACAGGCCGGUGAACUCAUAAAAAUAUCGGAGAUCAAAUCUGGCCCAGUCAUUGUUCGUGGCCGGAGUCCUAGAAACUUCGACAGCAGGAAGGACGUUCCUCUUACUGGCGACAAGAGAUUUGAGAGGAGAAGCACAUCGACGUCAAAUGUAGACCACCCAACCCUUAAACUAGAACGGGAGAAUUCGAUAAACUUCACGCAAAGAUUCCCUCCUGCUGGAAAUCUCCAGCCGAACGACUGGGCAACACCUGGGUCAAUGACCCACCCACUACCCAGUCCUCAACCCGUUGCAAGUCCACAUCCGGCAAAACGAGUCGCCUUAUCGCCAACAAUGACCAGACCACCGAUACCAGCUUGGUCCAGCGAUCCAAACAACUCUGCUAAAGCAGCGAAUUCCCACAGUAACAAAAACUCACUCCCGCGUCAGAAUGCAUCUCUGCCGAUCAAUCUGUCGCUAUCAGAGGACGAGAGAAGUCCGAACCGCUCGAGUGCCGAGCUGCACAGUCCCAAUUCUGGCAAAGGCUACACCACCGCAGGGGCGAACAGGGAAAACAGUCCUGCAGAUGAGGGUGCUGAUCCCUUGUACGAAUACUUUCCACUGACUGUGGAUGAUUGGAUGCCGCCUGUCGAUGCUGUUUAUCGGCCUCACGUGGUCCAUCACACUAUCAUGCCACCCGAGAUGAAAGCACAACAGCUCAAGAGCAAGGCCAAGCGGUACUUUGCCUCUGACUGA